AUGCUUCUCCAAACACUAGCGAGUCUAGAACAAGCUCGGGCUUUGCCUCCAACCGAAGCCUCCAACUUGUCUUCGACCAGAUUCAAACCGCACUCAGCUGAGCCCAAGCCAAGAGCUCAGUCAUGGGGCCACCGUCUCGAAGCUCGCCAACCGUCGAAGCUGAAAGCCGCGGCGGCAACUCUCAAGUCUUCGGACAUGGUCAGCUUGGGGACCGGCAGGCCGAAUCCUCAGUACUUCCCAUGGGAAUCGCUUGUUGCCCACGGAAAAUCACGUCAUGCCAAUGGAACUUUUGGGGAGGGAACCACGCCUACGCCCUGCAGCAAGGAUGAUCAUCCCUUCGGUCUGUCCCGAGCCUUGAAUUAUGGAGACGCUGCCGGAUCUGAUCAACUCGUGCGCUUCGUAUCGGAACAUGUCGACCUCAUCCACAAGCCUCCGUACGCGGAUUGCCAGACGUGUCUCACAUGCGGCACGACAUCCGCGCUGGACAUUGUCUUCCGGAUGUUCUGCAAGCAUGGAGACUCGGUUCUCUUCGAGAGCCAGACGUAUCCGCCCACCAUUGAGAUCGCGCACGCGCAGAGAUUCACUCCGGUCGGAGUCGGCAUGGAUGGCGAGGGCCUCGUACCCGAAGAUCUAGAGAACAUUCUCGCCACUUGGGAUGCAGCCAGAGGACCGAGGCCCUUUGUCUUGUACAUGAUCCCGUCCGGUCACAAUCCGACCGGUGCUGCCCAGUCACGUUCCCGACGAGAAGCCAUCUACAAGGUCGCGGAGCAGCAUGACCUGUUGAUCAUCGAGGACGAUCCGUACUUCUACCUGCAACUCGGAGAUCCAUCCGAUUCUGGUAGCAGACAGGAUGGCCAGCUCUCCGCUGAAGAAUACCUAGCCGAGCUCCCCUCAUCGUAUCUCUCACUGGACAGAUCCGGACGAGUGAUCCGUCUCGACUCGACCUCCAAGAUCCUGGCCCCGGGACUCCGUGUCGGAUGGCUCACUGCCAGUGCUGAGAUAGUCAGGAGAUUCCUCGCCGACACCGAGAUCAGCUCGACCUUCCCGGCCGGACCUUCGCAGGUCAUGAUGUACAAGCUCCUGGCCGAGUCUUGGGGCCAUCGUGGUUUCUUCGAUUGGCUGGGCCAUUUGUCUCUGCAGUACAGUCGGCGACGCGACCUACUCGUCGAGGCUUGCCGGAAACAUCUCCCGUCGGAUGUGUGUAAGUGGGUUCUGCCGACCUUCGGGAUGUUCUUGCUGAUGCAGCUGGAUAUCUCGAAGCAUCCUGCUGCAGGAGAAAAAGGGAGUUUAGAGUCGGGCUUCAUACUUGGUACCGAAGACAGAAUCUACACAAAGUCUGCCGAGAAUGGGACUUUAGUGACAAAGGGCAGUUGGUUCGCGGCGGAGACGGACAAGAUACGGGAUGCUUCUCUACGCUUGACGUUUGUUGCGGCGCCUGAGGAUGCAUUGGACACAGCUGUAGAAGCUUUUGGACGUGCUGUGCGGGAUGAGUUUGGAAUAUUGUAG